ACGGCGCCGGCUCCGGCCGACAGUUGCCGCUGCGCGGUGCGCGGGCCGUCCAGGAGGGGGGGCCCGCGUCCCGUUCACCGACCACGGCAGGGGUCGUGCGGCCUCGCCGGGGCGUCGCGGCGUUCUGGCCGCGCCCUGGAUUCCCCGGCCACAGCUAAUGCAAGCAGCCAGUGGCGGCGGUUGCCCCUUCGCGCCACGCCUUGCGGGGCAGAUCAGGGCAUCAGGCCGUCCCGUGGCGACGGCGCCGGAGGUGUUGCGAGAAGUCGAAGAGAUUCGACUGGGGUGCGAUGCCGCUCGAACGCCAGCUCCGUGGGUCCAGCCGGCGCCGGCGGUUUGCGCGAGGCUCCGCCGAGAGGAAGGCGAACCCAACAAGUUUUCAGCUCAGUUAGAAAGGCAGAUCAAAGCAUCUCCGUGCCUCCACAGCAAAGCCUAGAUUCGCAAUUAUUGAGCUGCCUCCACUAUAAAACGGGAACCAACCACAAGGAAUGAACACAGCAAACAAGCGCACAACAAGGACAGCACAGCAACAUAAACCCUAGUACCAAGAAGAGAGAAGAGGCUUUGCAAGUUCGCAGGAGCUAGCUGUUUACUGCGAAUGAACAUCCAGAGGAAGCCUGGAGACUGGAACUGCAAGAACUGCCAGCACCUCAACUUCAGCCGCCGUGACUACUGUCAGCGCUGCCGUGAUCCACGGCCGGACUUGCAGUUCAGUGACGGCUAUAGCACUGGCGGUGUGCUGACCUCCCUCGACAUUCGCCCAGGUGACUGGUACUGCAGCUGCAGCUACCAUAACUUUGCCAGCCGCAGCAGCUGCUUCAAGUGCGGCACUAUCGUCAGGGACUUCCCAGCGGGGCAAGGUGCAGCUGGUGCUGAGGGUGACCUUGCUCGUGGCCGUGACAGCGCCGCAGUUCGUGCUGGGUGGAAAGCUGGCGACUGGAUAUGCACAAGGCCUGGUUGCAACGUGCACAAUUUCGCAAGCAGGACUGAGUGCUACAGGUGCAAUGCACCAAGGGAAACAGUAGGCACUGGAAAUUAAGAAACGACUGAGGUGACCGAGACCGUGAGAAGUGACGAGCUGGUCGAGCAUGGAACCAAUUGCUGUCACACACUCACCAUCAGGCAUCGAGGGAGGAUGACUCUACUACCUACACGAGUAUAUUGUUGAUUGCCAUUGCCAAGUACUAUACCGCUGCUGUACCAGAGGUUGCAAGGGUGGAGAAGUACCCAAGCUUUCCCAUCGUUACGUGUGCUGUUUGCCCUUUUUUUGUGUGUUGAUUCAGUGACUGCUGAAUCGUACGGCUUGAUGUACUUUCGUUAUGUAUUGAUCUUAAACAUAAUAUAUAGUAAUCCAAGUGUUUGCUUAAAUA